AUGGCCGCGAUCACUCUUCCUAGUCCCUUUAGCACAAUUCCCUUGUAUCGCUUGAGUUAUGAUUCUCCAUCGCCUGUUCACUUACUGUCAGGACUAACACAAUACGUUAAUAAAAACUCGUCCCGGCAACCUCAAAUCCGGUUGUUCUCCAAGCGUGAAGAUCAAGCUGGAUCUUUAACUUGCUAUGGGAACAAGUACAGGAAGUUCGAAUACAUAAUACCGGAUAUUCUUGCGCGGAAGGACGUCACUACUAUUGUGACCGAGGGUGCUCUCCAGAGCAACCAUACUGUACAGGUAGCAAGCAUGGCCAGAGUCAUUGGAAAGAAGUGUACCGUGCUCUUGCACAUGGGUAUAGGUGGUCUGCGUAAAGCUGUAGACAAAGACACGUUCCUGAAGGUUGGGAAUGUCCAGCUGAACAGAAUCUUAGGCGCAGAUGUCAGGAUCACGGAUGAGACCGAUACAGGUGACGAGAAUGGCCCGCUCGUCCCCAUCCUUGACCAGUUGAAAGCUCAAGGUGAGCGGCCCUACUGGAUCUCGUCCGGUGCCAGUCUGCAUCCGCUUGGUGGACUUGGUUACGCACGUUGUGCAUUCGAAAUUGCCUCGCAAGAGAAAGAGCUUACGGCAUUGACAGAAUCGGGUGGAAGCGGAAGAUUUGACUACAUCUUCGUUGCAUGUGGUAGUGGCAGUACUCUGGCUGGGCUGAUAGCUGGCUUCAAGCUGUUGGAGAAAACGACACAGUCCAACAGACAGGUAAUCGGGAUCAUGACAUCACCCACAAAGUCUCGCUCAUACCAGGAAGAAAGAAUAUUGCGCUUGGCCAGGAAGACCGGUCAUCUCAUCGGGCUCGAAGACGAGAACAACAUUACUGCACAGGACAUCCACCUUGAGGAUGCCUUCGUUGGAGAGGGUUAUGGUAUUCUAGAUCACAAGACGGCUGAAGCUAUUAAUCUCGCAGCACAAGUCGAUUCUUUACUACUCGAUCCAGUUUAUACCGCAAAAGUCAUGCGCGGUAUGUUGGCUUGGGCGAAGGACAAUAGAUGGCUGGGCGACAGCGCCUUUUCCAACCAGGACAAUUCCACCACGAACGCAUUAUUCAUUCAUACCGGAGGCCAAACCGCAUUGAGUGCAUAUGAGGACGUCUGGUCGCGAGAUUCUCGUGACGUUGCUCUUUAA